AUGGCUUUGCAUAUAACGCACGUCCAUAGUCCCAGCGACUGCGAUUUUUGCAAUCGAAGAACCAUUGGACAAAGCGUUCCAGACUUGUCAGUAGUUUGCUAUGGAACAUCUCCACCUACCCGAUCCCUUUUCCCUAAAAGUCCCAGAGAAACUCCAACUUCAAGUCCAUUGAGGACAAAAGCCCAAAGGGCAAAACUUGCUCGGCACAGACGCACCAGAGGAGCUGGUUCACAUUCACUAAAUGCUGCAACAAGUCUUGAUUUGUUGUCCAGAAGGCAAAUCAACAGAAUGGAUGGGAGCAAGAAAUUGGAAGAUAAUUCUUCAACUGAAACUCCCUUUAGAAGAAGGGUUUAUACCAUGCCCAGUAGAUCAGGCGAUAGGCUACAAGGACCCACUGAUCCUCCAAUGGAAAUGGGCAAUAUGUCUUUCUAUAGACUGAGGAGCUUUAGUGUGACCAGUCGUGGAAGUGUAAUCAACUUAGGUGAUCAAGUAUGCUUUAGGUCUAGGUCUGACGUCAACGUCACCUCUGAGGGUUCCAGAAGCUCAUUGGGGACAGACGAUUUUAGAGAUCGGGCAUCAUCAAGUGCUUCCACUGCUCAGUCAGAUGUUCCUCAUUACAGGGUACUAGUGCUUGGUGAUGAAGGCGUUGGAAAAUCUUCUAUGAUUGCUCAGUUCAUGACUUCGGAAUAUCUUACAGUGAGAAAUGCCCUUGCAAAUGAGUCUCAAGAUAUUGCUUCUGGGAAUACGACUGUCUCAAUACUUUUGGACGGAGAAGAAGCUGACCUCGAAUGCGUUGAAUCCAAGAAUUUAAUACUCUCCCUGGAGGACUUCACGGCCGCGGACGCCAUCCUUGUGACGUAUUCCGUGACCGAUGUGGCCAGUUUCCGGAAGGCUACCAACUGCCUGACCAAGAUGCGUGACCUCGCUAACAAGCAGCCGGUCACUUCGCUGCCCCUGGGACCAGGACUCAGGUCCAAGGCUGUCAUUCUAGUCGGAAACAAAUCCGAUUUGGCACGAGUCAGAAUAGUCACCACAGAGAAUGGCAGGAGUGUCGCAAACAAAUAUGAUGUCAAAUUCAUCGAAACAUCUGUCACCAUCCAUCACAAUGUCGACGAACUACUGGUUGGAGCACUAAGCCAAGUGAGAUUGAAAGCUCGCCAAGCAGCCGCACUCUCCUGCAGACAUCACGCCAAAUUCACAUCCAGAGCCAAGAACCUGUGGAACAGGCUAUUGCAGAAGUGCGAUUUGAGGUUCCAUUCUUGUGACAACUUGCAUCGCCUCUGA